CUCUUUGAUACCCAACUCCCGCCAUGUCUCCCUCCAAAGUCUCCACCAUCGUCUUCGACAAGUUCUACAACAUUGUCGACGGCCAGCUACGCGACACCAAAGACACUCCCCACCACGGCGUCAACCCCGUCACCGGCCAGGAGCUGUGGGACGUCCCCGUCGCCAGCAAGCAAGACCUCGAAGAUGCCGUCGCCGCCGCAAACAAGGCCUUCGUGUCCUGGAGCCAGACCUCAAUCGAGGAGCGCAAGGAGCUGCUCGGCAAGUGGGUGGCCGUCUACGCGCAGCACAGAGACGACUUCAUCAACCUCCUGAUCAAGGAGACGGGCAAGCCGCGCAAGUUUGCCACCGUCGAGGUCGACGGCGUCACCCAGUUCGCCGGCUUCCACACCACCCUCACCAUCCCCGAGGAGCGCAUCGAGGACGACGAAAAGGUCAUCACGACCCGCUACACGCCCCUCGGCGUCGUCGGCGCAAUCUGCCCCUGGAACUUCCCCCUCAUCCUCUCCAUGGGCAAGAUCGCGCCCGCCCUGCUGACCGGCAACACCAUCAUCGUCAAGCCCUCGCCCUUCACCCCCUACACCUCCCUGAAGAUGGUCGAGACGAUGCAGGAAGUCUUCCCGCCCGGCGUCGUCCAGGUCGUCGGCGGCAACAACGACCUCGGCGCCUGGCUCUCCCUCCACCCAAACGUCCACAAAAUCUCCUUCACCGGCUCCAUCGCCACCGGCAAAAAGGUCAUGGAAGCCGCCGCCAAAACCCUCAAGCGCGUCACCCUCGAGCUCGGCGGCAACGACGCCUCCAUCAUCCUGCCCGACGUCGACAUCAAGAAGACCGCCCCCGAAAUCGUCAUGGGCGCCUUCCAGAACUCAGGCCAGGUCUGCGUUGCCACAAAGCGCAUCUACAUCCACGAGGCCAUCUACACCGACUUUGUCGCCGAAAUGGCCGCCUUUGCAAAGUCCAUCAAGCUCGGCGGCGGCGACGACCAGCCCGACGACAUCCUCCUCGGCCCCAUCCAGAACAAGAUGCAGUACGACAAGGUCAAGACCUUCUUCCAGGACUCCAAAGCAAAAGGCUACAAGUUCGCCGCCGGCUCGCCCGACGCAACCGAUUCCGCACUCCCGCAAAAGGGCUUCUUCAUCACCCCGACCAUCAUCGAUAACCCGCCAAAUGACAGCCGCAUCAUCGCCGAGGAGCCCUUUGGCCCCAUCGUGCCCACCCAGCCCUGGUCCGACGAGGAGGAGGUCAUUGCCCGCGCAAACAAUACAAACACCGGUCUCGGCGCCUGCGUCUGGGGCGCCGACGUCGACCGUGCCGAGCGCAUCGCCCGCCGUCUCCAGGCCGGCAGCGUCUUUGUCAAUAGCUGGGAAAAGCCCACGCCGCAGGCCAUCUUUGGCGGCCACAAGGAGAGUGGCAUUGGUGGCGAGUGGGGCCAGACCGGCCUGCUCUCCUACUGCAACCCGCACGUCAUCCAUUCCUACAAGCUGAAGUUGUAGUGCUUGUACUUGUUAGGAGUAGUACUAG